AAUCGACCGUGGGGAUGCAUGGUCGAACGAUGGUUGUUGCUAGGCAGUGGACGUAGAUUCAUGUGGCAACGCGAUCGGAGGCAUAUCAGAAAUGCCUCUACCAGGUUCGUCUAGACUUUCCAGAGGAGGGUGAGGUAGUAGAGAUGUCCUGGAGCUGCCCUCGAGAUCCGUGAGCGAAGCCGAUGGCGCGAUGCUCGUGUUGCACAACUACUGUAGAGGAGGACCAAGUUAUUCGGAUAACAAGUUGUCCGGAUAAACGGCAACCUUUCGCGUUGGCGUUCCAGUUGCGGGCACCAGCAUGGACCACAAGGUCGUGACCGACUACACGCGUGUAUCUGCAUGUGAGCACGUCAAGGUUUUCGUCCGCGCGCGUCCCUGUGCUGAUGGAUCGGAACCUUUCGACGGCAUGUUCGAGCGCAAGCGCGAGACACCAAAGAACAUCACAAUCAAGGACGUGGACAGGUCACAAUACGGCGAGCACGCGUUCAGUUUUGACAACAUCUUCUGGACGGAAACUACCCAAGAGGAAGUUUUUGAGUCGUGCAGCAAACCUUUGGUCGACUACGCAUUGCGAGGCAUAAACAGUUGCUGCUUUGCCUACGGUCAGACUGGGUCUGGCAAGACUUACAGCAUCUUUGGGGAAACGGGGGAAAAGGACGGAAUGAUUCCACGGGCGGCAGACUACUUGUUUGAAAUGAUCGAGGCAAAUUCGAACACUGAGAAGCAAAACAAACCGGUGUACACACUGGUCGUGAGCUUCUUGGAAAUCUACUGCGACCGCAUUCGCGACUUGGGCCGCGAGUAUGUCUUGUCCACAAAUCGAGCCGUGUCGCUCCAGCAAAGCAGUGGCUCUGACUGGUAUUUGCGCAAUAAAAUGAUGAAGCGGACCGACUCGAGUGCAAGUAUGCACUCGACGGGCUCUGGGAAGGACGAGCCGCGCUUUGACUACGAGCGAGAAAACUUGGAGAUUCAUGAAGAUGCGCAGGGCAUGGUGUACGUCAAGGAUCUGUCCAUGAUUGAAGUUUCGAAUCGCGAGGAGGUGAACGCGAUCGUCCAAAUGGGGCUCACGCUGCGAGCGACCCACGAAACCAAGAUGAACUCAGUCUCAUCGCGAUCCCACACGGUCUUUACGAUUCACAUCUUUCAGCACGAUGUGGCAUUGGGACAAGUCAUGUGCGGCAUGAUGAAUCUCGUCGACUUGGCAGGGUACGAGCACACGAAACAAUGGCCGGACCAUACUAUCGUUGGGCGUAGGUCAGAGCGCUUAAAGAAGAGCGAGUCGGACGGCCAGAGGCUCAAGGAAGCGCUCCACAUCAACUCGAGCUUAAGUGCUGUGGGGAAAGUCGUGAUGAGUUUAGACCCCGAGAGCGGGUUCAAUUACAUUCCGUACCGCGAUUCGAAACUCACGCGACUGCUGCAAAACAGCAUCGGUGGCAACUCGUACACGUUGUUAAUUGCCACGAUCCACCCGAUGAAAGAGCACUACGAGGAGUGCCUGAACACGAUGCAAUUCGCCAACCGGUGCCGUAUGGUCCAAAACCAGCCGCGCGUGAACUAUAUCAAUCAGUCGGGCGGGGAUAAGGACAAGCGCAUUCGAAAGCUCCUCGACGAGAUCGCCAUGCUCAAUCGAAAGCUCGAGCACAUCAAGAGCGAGCAGAACCAACGCAUGAGCAAUGUCUUGCGAGAACUCGGCUACGAUGUCAAAGAGUACACGGAGGACGGGAACGUUCGUCUGAUGGACGGGACGCUCUUGAUGGCUCAAAGCCCCGACGCCGUGCUCGACAUGCAGGGCAACCCGAUCACGUACUCUCUCGGAGACGAAGCCACGAUGGGUCGACGGAGCUCGUUCGACACGGGCCGCAACCUGGAAAUGCGUCGAGCCAUCGAUUUCCUACGGAAGGAGCGUGACCAUAUGAAGCAAAAAGCCGACGACGUAAAGAACGUUGUGUUGGCAUCGCAGGUAGAGCUAAAGCGCGAGAAGGACGAGCUGCAGCGGCAAUUGCAGCAACACAAGAAAGAAAUAGCGCGGCUCGAGAGCGUUGUGCAAGAAAAGGACUUGGCAAUGGACAGGAUCCAAGCUGCAGGCAACUCAAAGCACAAAGAAGAAAUCCAGCACAUCUUGGCCCACACGAGCGACCUAAAAAAACACUUGCACGUGCAAUUCCAGGAAGCCAAAGCCGGCUGCACAUUGUCGUCGAUGGCGGCAUCGGCGCAACAAUCCAAUCUCGCGGAGCAGUUUCAACAACGAGCGUUGGCGCUGGAAAAGUGUAAACAAGAAGACAUUGCCCUCGUCAAGCAGCAGUACGAUUGUCUCCUCACUCGAAAGCGAGCCGAGUAUGAAGAACUCUCCACGAUGUGGAGGGACAAACAUGCACAAACCAGCCAUCUCUGCGACACGCUAAAGGAAGAGAUGGCUGACUUGUACGCCUACACAAGUCGACUUUUCGAUGUUGCCCAAAACCACGGCACCCACCGCGGCUCGGAUGGACCGUGGCCCAAGGCCAUUUUGACCAACCCCAAUAAACUCCGCACCUUCAAAGCCCUCUUAGGAUCGGAUCCUGCCGUGCGAGCGCGCGUCGCGAGCGAUAAGAAAGUGCCCUUGAAGGGACCAAUGAGCCCAACCGCAGCAUCACGACCGGUGUCGGCGCCAGUGCGCCGCCCCAUGAGUGCCGGGUUUGCCACGGCGUUACGAGGUCGAGUCGUGCAACACACCAGCCAUGCCAUGGACCGACCUGACGAAGAGUUUCCCGAGCGCACCGAGGACGACGUGGAUCUGUUGUCUCUUGAUGAACUUCGCCAGCAAGUACGGCGACAGCGCAAGGUGCCAAUCAAAAGUGAAGACACAGCACUCGCCACGUUGAAAGCCCGCUUGGAUGAUGAGAUACAAAAGAAUCGAUCGUUGCGAGCGACGAAUGCAGCACUAAAGCGCCAACAGGACAAGAUCGCAGCGUCGCAUCAGUCGUCGAGCAAGGGGCAUCGACGAGUGGGCAAUCAGGCGACCAAAGGUCACGUUAAAGAUGUUCGAGAUGAAGACUAGCCAGCAUCUUCCAACAACUUGUCUGAAUUGAAAACAAGGGACGCGAAAAUGGUUUCCCGUUGAAGAAAAAUGACCAAAGAACGAAAUAUAACGUGUCAGAGCGCGAGGAGCUGAGGUUGCUCUGGUGGGAUCAGCUGCCUAGCAACUGCGUGCCUCUGUCGCAGGCAGCUCAGCAUUGGGUUUCAAACGAAUACCGGAAAGCGCGACGGUCGUGUCUUGGAUGCUCUGGAGCAGGUUCAUGAGGGCAAUGGUCGGAUUAGCCACCGUGUUGAAUCUGGUCACGUAGAAAUCUUCGUCAAAUGUAAAUUGGCACAGCACGUCCAUGAUCAUGACUUUCCCGAGAAGCUUCUGGACAAGCGGUUCGUUGUCGAGUAGAUGGGGGAACAAGACGAGGAUCGUCGUCCGCGAGAUGCGCAAGUGCAGCUUUGCGUGGGCUUCCAGCAUCACGUCGGGUUGGGUCGACACGAUGUGGCUAAAGUGGCAUUCCAUGCGCACCGAGUGAAAGAGCGUCGCGUAGAGCUGCCCUUGCUCAAACACUUUAUCGGAUCCGACGCUGUCCAUGAACACCAUGUCGUCGCGCAUGGCCCCACGGACAUAGUCAUGCUGGUUGACGUAUGCCGCGUCCCGAGCUGACGUCGCGUAACCAUUUGCAAACACACGAAAGUACUCGGACGCGGCUUUUGACUCUGGUGCAAACGUACGCAAGUUCUUGGGCAGCGUGAACGCGAUCGUUUCGAGACGGCCUUCCAUGCGGGCAACUUCACGCCGCAACCGUAACACUUCCUCCACAAGCCCAGUCUCGUACUGGAGUUGCUCGGCGCGGUACCGUCGCUGGUUUACUUUGCUCUGAUGACGUCGUCGUGCCUUCUUGUCCACAAUAUUCGUCGCCGGAGUGAGCGGCGGCAGCGCUGGUCUGACUUGGUCGCGGCCGCGGGCCCCUUGACUCAUUCCGAUCCAGGCAACUCUUUAGUGCGUGCCCG